CCCUCGUAUCCCGUAUUCUCGCCUGCCUGCCUCAUCCUUCCCCGCUUCCUGCCUGUCCGUUUACCGCGGUCGUAACAAUAGUUAUAAACUUUUCUUUAUCUUCAGAAUAUAGCCAACACUUGCCAACAGUAGUGUUGGCCAAAAUGAGGUUUAUGGAAUAUUUUGCUAUAUUUUCUCAUCCCAGUAGAUGGAGCUCUCUGUUCAAAGGGCUCAAAGUAUGUCGAAAAGGAAACCAAAAGCACCACGUGUACCAAACAGCAUUUUGCAUUUCACAAGUCCGAGACAGAAGAUGAGCAGGUUAUUUUAGUCAAUACAGGAAAGCACCGCAGCUGGCUUUCUUCUACUUUUCUUAAUUCUCUGUGGAUUAUUACUGUCAGGAUUUCUCAUGGGCUGAAUUUUACUGUGGAUUUUCGUUUUGGAUUUCACUGGAUUACCGUUAUUGAGCGGGUUGCUUUUGACUUGCUCUCCCGAUGCUACCAUUUCUCCAAUUGAUGACCUGUGUGGAGCCUCAACUCCCUCCCCCAACUUCCUCUCUGCACCAUGAAUCAUCCCAAGGAAAGCAAGGCACGGACGCCCCAAGAUCACUUUCUGACAGCGGCUGUUGAAUAGGUGUGAUCGAUGACGUUGGCUCAUAAAAAGGUCAACUGGCCUUACACACCCAUUUUGGUGGCAGCCAGGGUCAUAGUGGGCUUCAGUGUGGAAAGGUUAAUCUGAAUCAUGCUCAUUCUUAUGCAACAGAUGUGCUAUAAUAAAGAGAAAGACUGAAUGGAGGAUAACAGUCUGAGGAAGCAGCGGUGCUAUCACUUACAGCAAAAGAUGAGACUAAAAAUAUGAUGGGGAAGAACUACUAGAAAACUAAAAGUAUUUUCUAUACACAUGAAAAUAAAUAAGGAACCACAACUUUAGAAAACAAUGUAUGCUGCCCCUGUUGUAUUUAUCAGUUACACUUCUGUCCUCUAACUUUUGGAAUAUUUAGAACUUACUCAGUAUGGAUGUAUAUGAUAGAAACGUGUCAGAUCUUUCUGUGGAUUAUUUUAACAAAACUACAACAAUUAAGAUUCUCCUUUCCCUGACAUUGUCCUUGCUGGCAGUGAUCACCACCACUAUUAACUCUAUGGUCAUCACAGCGAUCAUUGUCACCCGUAAGUUGCACCACCCUGCCAACUAUCUCAUCUGCUCCUUGGCAGUCACCGACCUCCUGGUGGCUGUCCUGGUGAUGCCCUUCAGCAUCGUCUAUAUUGUGAAGGAGUCUUGGGUUAUGGGCCAGGUGGUGUGUAACAUGUGGCUGAGUGUGGACAUCACCUGCUGCACCUGUUCCAUCCUCCAUCUGGCCGCCAUUGCCUUGGACCGUUACCACGCGAUUACGGAUGCGGUGGAGUAUGCCCGAAAGCGGACCUGCCGGCGUGCCACCAUCAUGAUCGCUACAGUGUGGGUCAUGUCCGUGUUCAUCUCCCUGCCUCCGCUCAUCUGGAGGCAUCACCAGACAAGAGGGGAUGAUGGAUGUCUCAUUAAGCACGACCACAUUGCCUUCACCAUCUAUUCGACCUUUGGGGCCUUCUAUAUUCCCCUUGGCCUCAUUCUCAUUCUCUACUACAAGAUCUACCGGGCCGCCAAGAGCCUCUAUGUCAAGCGGGGUACUAGCAGGCUUAGAAAGCAAACUAUGAAUGGCACCAUGCUGCCUUUGUUCUCAGACAGGGAGCCACAGAGCCCCGACACUCUUAGCCCACAAGAGAAGUCAUUUUCCGACCUUUCCACAGAGGGGGACCGUGUACGUAUCACCAGUAAAAGCCCCCCAGGUGGGUCCCAUAGGGAAAGGUCCAGCAGGAAGCACAGGGUAUCCAGCACCCGGGAGAGGAAAGCAGCCACUACCCUGGGCCUCAUCCUGGGGGCAUUUGUCAUCUGCUGGCUACCAUUCUUCCUGAAGGAGGUGAUUGUCAACACAUGUGCUACCUGCAGUACGUCUGUGGAGGUGGCUGACUUCCUGACCUGGCUUGGGUACCUCAACUCACUUAUCAAUCCACUCAUAUACACAAUCUUCAAUGAGGACUUCAAAAAGGCCUUUAAGAAACUGAUGAGGUGUGGCCGUUAUAUUCAAUAGAACACAAAAAUACCAGUUCAUUUGCAAUACUGUAAGGUACAGUAUAUUCUGAAAACAAUUCAACAUAAGUCCAUAUGAAUGCAAACCAGAUAAAACAGCAACGUGAUGUAAAAUCAUUUCAUGCUAAUGAAGACAUCAAUCAUUUGAGGUUGCAUUAGUUAAUCUCAAAUCAGUUAAAAUGUAGUUGAUUUUGAAAAGAUGUUAUCACUUAUACCUAUAUUUAUACUGUAUAUUUGGCGCUCCCUUGUCUGUUCAUACACAAUACAUGUACUGUCACCUCCCUGAUUAGAAAAUGCACCAGGAGACCAUAUAAUAAUCAUGAUUAGCUAUCCAGUGAUAUUUGAUUUGAACAGUAUCUUACUAUAGCAGCAACUGUUAAUUGUCUUAUAUUAUUUAAAAUCACACAUACUUUUGUUCCUUUUAGAGUUGAAAAUGUCUUUUGUCACAAGUAUUGCUGUUGCUAUGUAUGUAACAUUUCUUAAUAUAGGAGGAUAAUUUUCCUUUGUGUUGGGUGGAAAGCAUAAAUGAAAUGUUUGUCAUGUUUCAGAACUGCUAUCCAAAUUGCCCUUUACUUUCAAAUUGUUUAUUUUUAAACUGGGAUAAAAAUAUUUAUUCCUAAUAGCUGAUUGAACAUCAAUAUUAAACACGAUUAUUGCUAAUUAACUAAACAUUAUACUAAAAACUAUUAACUGAAAAUGUGACUGUA